GGCCUGUCUGCGCGUCGAGACGGUGGGCGCUGCGAAGAAUGAGGCUUGGGUUGAAAAUUGGCAGUUCUGAGACUUGCAGACCGAAGAAGACUUUUCUGUCUCACUGACAAUCUCCACCAUGAUUCAUAGCCUCUUCUUGAUCAACUCCUCUGGAGAUAUUUUCCUGGAAAAACACUGGAAAAGUGUGGUCAGCCGUUCUGUUUGUGAUUACUUUUUUGAGGCUCAAGAGAGAGCGACUGAGGCAGAAAACGUACCUCCAGUUAUCCCUACCCCUCACCACUAUCUCUUAAGUGUUUACCGUCACAAGAUCUUUUUUGUGGCUGUGAUCCAGACAGAGGUUCCACCUCUAUUUGUUAUUGAGUUCCUUCACCGAGUAGUGGACACGUUUCAGGAUUAUUUUGGAGUCUGUUCAGAGCCCGUGAUCAAAGACAAUGUGGUCGUGGUUUAUGAGGUACUAGAGGAGAUGCUUGAUAAUGGGUUUCCAUUGGCCACCGAGUCAAACAUCCUCAAAGAGCUGAUAAAGCCUCCCACGAUCCUUCGGACUGUCGUCAACACAAUAACAGGAAGCACCAAUGUGGGUGAUCAGCUUCCUACUGGACAGCUGUCAGUGGUACCCUGGCGAAGGACUGGGGUGAAGUACACCAACAAUGAGGCCUAUUUUGAUGUGAUCGAAGAGAUUGAUGCCAUCAUUGAUAAAUCAGGUUCCACUAUCACUGCUGAGAUCCAGGGGGUCAUUGAUGCCUGUGUCAAGCUGACUGGAAUGCCAGACCUUACACUUUCCUUCAUGAAUCCCAGGUUGUUGGAUGAUGUCAGCUUCCAUCCUUGUGUUCGUUUCAAGCGCUGGGAAUCUGAGCGUAUCCUCUCCUUCAUCCCUCCUGAUGGAAACUUCCGCCUGCUCUCUUACCAUGUCAGUGCACAGAAUCUUGUGGCAAUUCCAGUGUAUGUCAAACAUAGCAUCAGUUUCCGGGACAGUAGUUCACUUGGACGCUUCGAAAUAACAGUGGGACCGAAGCAGACUAUGGGGAAGACCAUAGAGGGAGUGAUGGUCACCAGCCAGAUGCCCAAAGGGGUCCUGAAUAUGAGCCUCGCUCCAUCUCAGGGGACACAUACAUUUGACCCAGUUACCAAGAUGCUGUCUUGGGAUGUAGGAAAAAUAAAUCCCCAAAAGCUACCAAGUUUGAAGGGGACCAUGAGUCUUCAGGCUGGAGCUUCCAAACCGGAUGAGAACCCCACAAUUAACCUGCAAUUUAAGAUCCAGCAGCUGGCCAUUUCUGGACUCAAGGUGAAUCGUCUGGAUAUGUAUGGAGAAAAGUACAAACCCUUUAAGGGCAUAAAAUACAUGACCAAAGCUGGAAAGUUCCAAGUUCGAACCUGAAGGGAGAGUUUUGCAAAAAGAACAGUCAUGAACGCUUUUUCAUUUCUUACUUGUCUAAAAGUAAAAAAUAUCAGCCUGUCUCCUAGGUCAGUAUCCCCUUCUGGACCCACCCACACUCCCUUUUUUCCUUAGCCUUCAGUGCCAUGGAGCUAAUCAAGGGAGAGAAGGGUCGCCAGGGAGAACUGGACAGAACUGAAACACAAUCGGUGCCAAUUCAGUUCUGCAAGAAGAGAUGUGACAGAAGGUAGAGACACUUGAUGCCAUAUCUAACUAUUUUAAACAUGGUUACCAUAGAAAAAGAGUAGGAUUUGUUGCUUGCUUGGCUUUACUGAUCUAAAGCCAGUGAAUGACUUCUUUUGUUUUUUCAGGUAGAAAGAUUAGAAUGAAGGAAAGAAAGCUUAGAAGGAAAUGAAUGCUAGUCACAGAAAGGCCAGUUAAUAAUGAAUCUGAUCUAUUAGGGAGAAGAAAGGAAACAGUAUCAAAGAACUAUGAGGACACAGGCUCAAGUGAAAGGGGCAGAAAAAGCAGUCAAGCCCCACAUGAAGGAGGGUUGGAAGGAAGAGUGGAGUUGGUUUCUGAUCCCUCUACUUUGAUAUAUUUAUAUAAAGUCAUCAGUACUUCUAGAAGUAAACUGGAAGCUUCCUAAAUUUGAGUCCACUAAUGACAUGGGAAACCCCAGUAGCUUUAGAUUUUCCCUUGAAGACUAUGAUGAUAUCUGACCAGUUUUCAGGUACUAACUACUGUUUGCCUUUAGCACUUGGUCUGUCAUCUUCUGUGAGAAGGGGAUCUGCCCUCUUCCUGGCAGAGGCUGCCUGAAAUGCCCCUUUCCCUAACCCAAAAUGGUUUACUCACUUUACACUGCAGAAUUCACCAGCCUUUUUCCUGUUACCCAAGGACAGUUGCAGAAAAGCCAAUCCUAUAAUCCCAGGGCAGCCAGAUUUUGUGUGUCAACAGUGUUGGGUGUAGAUGACCAACUUCCUCACAAAGUGCAUCACAGCUGUAACCCAGUGACUCCUUAGUUACACUUGUUGGUGCUGGGCUAGUGCUGGAGUCUAAGCCUUGCUGUCUGACACUUUUGCAUCAGUAACCCUAAGUAAAAAGAAUGCUUACCAUUGAGAGGCAUGGUUAAUCCUGGAAGCUGCUCAGUAAAGUUAUCUCCUUGGAGUCUUCUGUGCUCCAUUCUAUAAUAGAGCUAUUAGUAAUCUAAAUCUACGGCCCAUCUUUGUUUCAAGAUAUAUAUAUAUAUAUCUUGUAUACAAGCCAUAUAUAUAUAUAUAUAUAUAUAUAUAUAUAUAUAUAUAUAUCCUCUAAACCUUUGAAUAAAGCUGUUACUGAAGGAAGAUGGGCCAUGUUGAUCAUGUGUACCCCAGUUUAAGAAACAUGGCGGCUGAGGGAGUACCUCAGACUUUCCCUAUGGGUAAUUUUUAUUCGAGUUCAAUAUGCCUAUCCCAUUUAAAUAUUUAUAUAAAAGACAGGUUUUAAAAAUUAUUAUUGUUCUAGCUAAAAGGUGAUAUUGUGUCUGCUUCAUGCAUGGAGAAAAAUAAAGACCUGUGCUCUCCAAACCUUACAUUUUUCUCUGAAGCCGUUUCCAAGUCCUUCAGCAAUUUUGUUUUGCGAGUUUUAUCUCCCUACUUCCUGAACUUGUUUUUCCUGCACAGUAAUGUUGCUUUGUGGUUUUCCUCUGGGAUGAAUUGUGUUGUAUACAAACAGGUGUGUUUCGUACUCCCAUCACUCCAGAAUUUGUCCCAAAUGACUAUGUCCUUUAUACACACCUGGCAGGGUAGGGGGAACAGCUCUGCCUAUGAUUCCAGAAUACUCAGAAUUACUUCUUCUAAGAGCUCUGGAGGAUUUGAAGGUUUCCUAGGUCAUAGGAAAACAAUUAGUCUUGGUUCCUGGAUGUUUUUAGGGUUAUACAUCCAGCUGUGAUAUUUCCUCCAGGACAGUUCAUCCUAAUUUCAAGGGAAGAACUUGAGGAGAAGUAAAAUAUCUAGGGUAUGGGACCCACAGGCUGUAGCAUAUGGAGUAAGGUAUCCCUCGUGUAGCAGACCUCGAGCCUAGCGGGGCAUUGCUGCAACCGCCCAGCAGGGCAUCUUGGUUGAGCUGUUCAACUCUAUAUGUGUUUAACAUGCAUGGAAGUAUCUCCUGUGUUUGAAUCGUAAUAAAGUUGAGUUUUACCAGUC